AUGUUUAUUGUGUGGCGACUAUUUUUUCAAAGAGCCCGACAGUCAUGUCUACAUCAAUUUCUGGUGUUUGAUGUGUAUUACACUUUACAAGUGCUGACAGUUGGUUUAUCAUUUGUCAACGUUAUAAUUAUCAGUUUUGAUCGCCACUAUGCCUUGGACAGACCUCUGGUGUAUAUAACUCGCGCCACUAAAACAGGUGGGUCUUUUACUUGAGCAUUUGAUAAAUAAAGCCUCUCAGAAGAAUAGAUAUAUGGACAAUUUCACUGUAAGUAACUAUAGUUACUAAGGGUAUAAUAGAGUUCUAACUGGUCCAGGAUUAAGGCAUUUAAUCAAAGAGCUGGAAUAUUUUGCCCAAGAUCGCGCGCUCUCAUUGGUUACGUGGAAGUCACGUGACACCUAGGCCUAGAAAUAGACUGUUUCCCGCCAAAAGUGUCUAAGUAGGUUCCAUUGCAAAAUGUAUGGAAUUAGUGACGGCUUGCUGAUGUUUACUUUCAAAAAUUUGUUCACAUAGGUUUUUCUUUGUGUGCUAUAUUUCACCCAGGGAAACAAGUUAAUUAUGUUUCUCUUAAAUCUCAUUAUUUUCUAAACUGCGUACCGAAAAUAACUUAUUUAUGCUCUAAACUCUGUAAUAAUGAAACACACACAAGCAAAUACACAACAAUGAAUUUAUUGUAUAGGAGGAAUAGGUCGGCAGUGGUAUAAUACGACCUCCUAACAAACACAACUUACAUGAUACAGAAGUAUAAAUGAUAGGAAAAAUACAAACUGAAUCUAAACCCACUCUGCCAAAAGUGAAUAAAUUAAAUUCCAAUGUGCAAAGGAACAUAAAGACGCGAGUCGACUUUAUCGUGGACGUAGCCGUCUUUAGCUGAAUCUGACUUCCACCUUCCGUGAACUUUGAAAAGCCGAUCUGGAACAUUCAGAUUGGCAGCGGAAGUAGCUCCUCCGGACCUAAAGCUGUGACUACUAAACUUAGAAGGGUCUAACCCAAUAGCUUUCAGCUUCCCCUUAAGAAUUUCUCCCGCCCUGCUAGCAGUGAGGGGCUUUGAAGACAAGACAUUGCCCUUGAAAUCCUUGUCGUACCGUAAGGAUCUGAAAAUAAAAUUCUGAGAAAAAGAAAAAAUCCUGGCAGCUUCUAAGUACUUAAUAAGGUAUGUAUAAGGGCAAGUAAAAUUGCCUGUCUUGGCAAUAUAAACUCAGGAACCCUCUCUGUACCUAUCAGUCUUGCUAACUUCUAUGAAAAUCUUAUAAUAGAGAUCUUCAGUUACAAUAUUAGAUCUCCUAAUGCUUAAAAGCUCGGAAAUGCGGAAAAAGCCAGCAUAUACGAGUAAACACAUACAGACAAACCGGAUAUCAAGUAAGUUACUACUAUACUUUCCCCAUAAUGCUGCAAAAUUAAGCCAAGGAUCUCUGGGGUAAUGGGCUCCGCCUUCUUGACAGGUAUACGAGGAGCACGACUGGAAGCCUCAACAAUAGACCUGACGAGAAAGUUGUCAUACGGAUUGGGAUUCUCAAAACCUGAUAACUUAUGUACCCAGUUAAUAGCGUAAAAAACGCCGUAAAUGGUGGAACUACCUAACGAAUUUUCUAAUAAAUGAUGCAAAUACAAGGAAACUGUGAAGGAAGUAGCUGGGAGAAAAGAAACCUCCCCAGUGCUCUGUAAGCACCACGCUUUAAACUUACAAAAUGAUUUACAAUAAUUAAUAACUGUGUUAUCAGCUCGAGAAUUAAAGGCAGAGAGCCAAAACUUCUCACAAAGUAAAACGCCAAACGUCCGACUGGCAGCUGCUUUAACAUCUGAAGCAAAAAAUAGAGAAAAUAAAAUGACAAAAAUGACCAAAGAAAAAAUAUGUCAGAAAAAUACAACACGUAGUGAAACAAGGCAAGGUUGGGUCCAAGUGGUCCCAAGAAAAACACAGAAAAAUAUUACCACUAAGGGCCAAAGUGGCCCUUGCGUAAUAAAAAAGACCAAGUGGUCCACAAAGCAAGGAUCCAAGUGCAUCCCAAAACACUCGGAUACCAUGUGGUAUGAGCGUAAGAACUCUAUAAACUGCAGAGAAAAAACCCCCUACAAGACUGAAAAAAGGGGGGGGUUAACUACGGCCUCUCUAGGAAAACCGCAAGAACAAAACCCCUGAACGAAAAUUAGGUGGUCCAGAAAGGGAAUUUUUAUAGUUACCCAAAACGAAAACAUCAGUACCUAAGGGGAUCUCAAAAAUAUCAGAGAAUAUGGGAGACAACCCUCGUCAGUAAAAAUUAAAGGCCAAAAUGGGGCGGAAGGCCAAGCAGGAAUAACAAGUGUAGCGCGACCGCCAAGGGCAACCAUGUGAUUAAGGACCUUGGGGAUGAGAAAAAUAGGUGGAACGAGCCAAUUAUUCUCGCCGGCCCAAGAAACAGAAAAGGCAUCAACCGCCUCUGUACCAGGGCACCAAAACCUGCUAUUAAAACGGGGCAACUGAGUAUUCUCAUGAUUCGCAAACCGGUCCACAGAAUGAGGACCCCAUUUCUCUUCGGCCAAAAGGAAAUAGUCCCUGUUGACCCGCCAAUCAUCAUAAUCCACAAUUCUGCUCAAAAAAUCAGCUCUAUCAUUAGCCGAUCUCGGAAUCCAUUCGAUUUCCAAUGUGAUGCAACUGAGCAAGCACAUACUAAAAAUACGCAAAGCUAAGCAUUGCAAAUCUUCCUUCAUGCUUCCUACUUCAACGAUGCUAGCAACACUCUGAUUGUCAGUAUACCACUUAAUAGUGCGCCCUUUAAGUAAAGGCAAAAAAGAUUCUAGACCCAAGGAAACGGCCUUAAGUUCCCUGUAAGAGGAGCUCUUCUACGCCUCAUCAACACUCCACAACUUGUGAGAAAUGGUGUUGUGAAGAUCUAACAUAUAACUGGCGCAGCCUGUAGAACUCGCCUCGGAAUAACACACACGGGAAUAAUGGAACUGUGUAGACAAGAGGCGCCUACUAUUUAGGGAAGGAAUGUUCUCUUUCCAAAAACAUAAUUCCUUCAGAGUUGAACCCGACAGGGAAAUUUUUUCGUCCCAUGUAGGGCUUCUUAAAAUAUCAAAAUGAGAGUACCUUGUCAUAAUACGAGUAAUGUUACCAAAGACGAAACCCAUAGAGAUAACCUUACCGACAAACUGAGCCAAUUUUCUAGCAGUACUAGAAGGAUACUGAGAACGAAUUGAAUCAAUAACCUGUACGACACUGAGAAUCCUAACCGAAGGAAUGGAAAUAGUAUGAACGGCUAAAUCACUACAAUAACCCAACCAGACUAAACAAGAAGUUGGUUGCCAAAUCGAUUUACUGUCAUUAGGCAGGAAACCAGAAAGCUGAAGCGAAGUCUUAACAAAUAAUUAAGCAGCUUCGCAGCGAGCGAAAUCACGGGCGGAACCAAGCCCGUCAUCAAGGUAAACUGUUAUUCUCACAGCAUGACUUCUCCAAUAUCGGACGAGAACAGGAACAACCUUAGUGAAAAUAUAAGGAGCUGAGGAGAGCCCAAAAGGGAGUACUGUGACACAAAAAAUUUCCUUACGCCAUUAACAACCCAAGAAAACCCUAAAAAAGUUUGAUGAUCCUGCAAAAUAUCAAUAUUGUGGUAGCCAGAUUUGGGAUCAAAUUUAAACAUGAAAUGAUCGGAAGGAAGAUAAACACAAGCGUUUCUAAUAUCCUCAAACUUAAACUUUCAUUUCCAGAUAUGUUUAUUGACAUGCCUGAGGUCUAAAAUCAACCUCUUCUUGCCGCAACUCUGUAUGGAAACAGACAAGGGAUUGACAACAUGAGGAGGACUAGAUACUUGAACAACUGAACCUGACAAAAUAAACUCUUGAAUAGCCUUCAAAACAAAAUCAGCGUGAGUAAGUGCUGAAUAGUUAUUGUCGAAAAACGCAUUGUGAGGAAAUGUAAUAAAGGGUAUGGCAUACCCCUUGUUAAUAACCCGGAGAAUGAAAUCAUUUGCACCUAACGUAUCCGCCCAAAAGCUAAAAUGACCUUUAAGCCUACCCUUAACCGAUUGAAUACUAUCGGGAGAAUUCUCAAAUUCAAAACACUCCUCUAAAGCUGGACCUUCGUCAAAAAUACCUUCAAGAGUUUCAUUUACUGCUUUACUAUCAGCAGUGGAACUACUGCUGCCCAGAAGAACCACUGUCUUUACUUGAAAAGCUUUGGAUCUGUUUGUAGGUUGAUCCGGGAGUGAAGAAUAAGUUAGGGCAACUUGCUCUCCAAGAAGCAGAUGUCAUAACGGCCUUUAACAAAGGCGCCCUUUGACGUUUGAGGACGAAAAUUAGUAAAAUUUCUUGAAGUGAUAGAGGAGACAGCCGAUGAAAACCCCGAGGAAGUCUCUGGGCGCUGAAUGACCUGUAAAGAAAAAAGGAAGAAAGAGGAAAACCAAGUGACGGUCGAUUACACCCACUGAAAUGACCUAAAGUAAGAGCACAACACGUGGUGAACCUAUUUAAACACAACCCAACAAUAAGCGUGAUGAACACGCCAGAAUGCAGUACGCAUUACCUAACCUCCAUUCGCACGCAUAAUUCCCUACGCACCGAGCAUAAAAACAUAUGUUUACCUCGGCUCAUCCGUGUAAGUCAAAACAAUAGAUACUUUUUUCAUGUUAUAAAGUCGAAGAAGGGUUUCAUAUACGAUUCAAGAGACAUUCAUUGCCUUAAACUCACUUCUUGCAGUACCGGUCUUAAGUUUAGGAAAAGUUCGAAAAGUUCGUCUCCGGGACAAACGUGGAUCUUCAAAUGCGAUGAACUAAACUAAUAAAUCAAACCUUUGUACAAAUGAAUGAUAAAUAUUUAGCCUCGUUCGUGUGAAAUUUCGACGUCCAAUAGACGAUCUUAGCUUAGUUUUGUUCGACCCAGAUUCGAAUUUUGUUCGUCUUAUGAAAAGUUCGACCUUUGGCCUUAAGGCCUUGGAUACCUUUACUCAGGUAUAUUAAAGCCUGGGACUGCCACUUUUUUGCUCUGGAAUGUAAGGGGGUAGUCUAUCUUUGAAAGAAAAUGUGUGGUAGGUUUACAGUCAUUCCAUUAUCUAUGUUAUUUUUUCUUUGAGGAUUCUGGAGGCAGGGUAAAAAUACUAUUAUUGAGAAUUUUUUGUGGUAUUGUUUUACCGAUCUAAAUUAAUUUCCAAAUUUAACUGGAAUGGUGGUAUGCCUACCCUUGAUGAAUGUUUUCGGUUUGAGUCACGUGACACCUAUUGUGACAACUUUCAAUCAGACUUAACCUUUACAACAUGCUUAAGCUCUUACCUAAGUUUCCCAUCAAUAUGUUGCUUAUUUACAGAGAUAGACCACCCCCUUCAUUUUUUCAUAUAGUUUACGUGCCUUAAUUGACCCAGUCCUUAAUAUACCGUUUCCAUAUCAGGUCUGUAAGCACCGCGAGGACGGCAUCGAGAUCGUCACAAAACAGUUGGUUUACGAGCAAAAGAACGGCUCGGCACGCGCAUGCUGAUACAUUUCUUGAACAUUGAUUGGCCGACUACGACGUGAACCUUCCUAAUGCGAAGUAAGAUCGAGGACGUGAAAGAAAAAUUCCUUUUUAGUAAAAUUUCACUUAUUGUGUAUUGUCAUUAGUCUACAUGCGGCUGCCUUUAAACUAACCUUAUUUUAUUCGAUCCUGUUUUGCGGGAGCAGUUAAAGUUGCCAUCUUCACAAACAUAAUCUGGCUGCUGUUAACAAUCCUCGUUCUAUUUGCUUUGCCUCCCGUACCAGGCUUCAUGUUGGUGACUACCUUUGGUGUGCUGUUUCUGGUUGUUCCGCCUGUUAAUUACAUUAGAGCACUGCUCGGUAUUCGUAGUCAUAACGCUCAGUUGGGUGAUGCAGUUACGCUCCAGAUGUCGAUAGUAUUGCAGCGCGAGAAAAAAGUUGCACUUGAUAUGUGCAUUGUUGGCGGCUUGCUGUUCGCCUCUUUGCCACCAGCUUUUGGCAUGUCGAUUGUUCAAAAGAGAUAUCCUCGGCUACACUCCGUUCUGCUUCCAUGGAGUUUGACAAUGUCGUUUAUACCGUCCUGUGCGAAUUUAGUGAUUUACUUUGUACGUUUUAAGAACAUGAGAAAUGCGUUUAAAUCUAUUAUCAACAUAUAA